UUAACAAAAUUGUAAUGGUCAAUUGCAGAUGAAUAUAUAUUUUUUUAAAUAUAUAUAUAUUGUUAUACAUAAAUAUAAAAAUUAAUAUAUAGUAAUAAAUAAACCAAUUAGUAGUUAAUAUAAAAAUAAUAAAUAAAUAUAAAUAGAAAUGUCGUCGUCAUCAAAACAAAAUCCGAAAAAGUUUAAAUGGAAUUUAGAUUUUGCUCAUAAAAAUAAAUCGGAUAAAAAUGCUGAUUUACCGAACCCACCAGGUUAUAAUUCUGGAGGUGCAUUGUAUCAUAGUAUGGAAAAUUUACGUGAAAAUGAUUCAAAUCAUUUGAUAAUCAAGAAAUCAUGGGAUUUAGCACUAGGACCAUUGAAACAAGUGCCCAUGAAUUUGUUUAUUAUGUUUAUGGCGGGUAAUUCUAUAUCAAUAUUUCCAAUUAUGAUGGUUGGAAUGCUUAUUAUUAGGCCAGUAAAAGCAUUAUUUACAUUGCAACCAACAUUCAAAGUAAUUGAAGGAACGAAUGCAUAUCCCCAAAAAUUUGUAUUUUUAUUAGGACAAUUAGUUAAUAUCGGCUUAGCACUUUAUAAGUGUCAAUCAAUGGGUCUACUGCCUACACAUGCAUCAGACUGGCUAGCAUUCGUUGAACCACAAGCAAGACUUGAAUACUCUGGUGGUGGUUUUAUUUAUGCAUAAUUAACUAUUUAAAUAAAUUAAUAAAUGAAUAAAUAACAUUUUUAAUUAUCUCUAUCAAUUAAAUAAUUACAGAACAACUUAAUUCAUCAAUAAAUGUAAAUGUUUUACUAUUCAACAGUCUAUCAUUACAAAAAAUUAAAUUAUAAUAAAUCAAUAGAUUUGUAUCUACCGAAUUAUUUCGGGCAAAUUUAUAUUUCAAAAAAAAUAAAAAGAAA